AAUCAACAAGACGAUACAAUUAUCAUGACUUUGAAAGAGAAUUGGUAAUUGACAGCAGAGAUUCUCGGCUUCCAUCAAAUUUCAUCAGGCCCAAUAUACGCAAUUCCGCGAGAUUAUUCUCCCAACAAUCUCCGCCAUCUCGGCCACCUCGGCCACCUCUCGGGCGAUAAUGGCAGAUUCGAAAGCAAAGCAGACAGCUGCACGAAUAACAUCCAAACUCCCCGGCACAAUUCAAUCCUCCUCUAAUCCCCGAGUGCUUUCUCGCUCUGAACUUAAGCACAGAGGCUCCCCCAAUAACAACAGAAACCCCUCUAUUGAUAUAUCCGACUUCACCGCCUAUAAAGAACGUCCGUCCACAUGGUCCUCAUUUCGAAGUCGAUUGCGCGCUCGCUAUGCUGCAUUACCGCCGUCAGUUCGAUGGACUGCUCGCGUGCUCCGUGUCAUUGCGCCGAUAGUUCCCAUUGGGAUAUUUUUCUCUGAACAUGUGCUGCAGAUCAUGUGGGUUUCGGGACCGUCGAUGACACCCUAUCUGAAUGAGAAUUAUGAGCAGACGCACACCGAGAGCGAUGUUAUUCUUGUGAAUUUGUGGCCUUGGGGAUCUAUGUGGCCGUGGAAUAUGACGAGGAGGUUGGAAAGGGGGAUGGUUGUUACGUUUCGUUCACCAGCAAAUCCCUCAAAUAUAGCCAUAAAACGUGUCAUCGCUUUACCAGGAGACCGCGUCACAACAAGAGAGCCUUGUCCUCGGCCGUCACAAAUCGUACCCUUCAACCACGUCUGGUUAGAAGGCGAUGCUGACGAUCCAAAAAAAUCCCUGGAUAGUAAUACAUAUGGCCCGGUGAGCAUCAAUCUGAUCACGGGCAGUGUGGUAGCGGUUCUUUAUCCACGAAUGAGACGCUUGAAAUGGUGGGAAUGGGAUCCGCCAGCUGAAGCAAAAUCAGGCUCUGAUACGCAAAAGGAAUUGGGGGAAGGGUAUAGAAGUUCGGUCAGGGAUAGAGUGGUUAAACAGGCCGUCAAGAUUGAGGUACCGGGGUUGGACUAGAGUGUUUCUUCGUGGGUCUGUUAUUUUGCAUUUAACCAUUGUAUAUAUAUAUAUUACAUGUAUUUUUGCAUGUUGAGUAUGAGAUACACUCGUACCGGGGUAUAAAUAUGUAUUACUAGACACUAGAGGUCGGACCUGUGAUCCUUAUGUAUAAAACAAUGAGAUACUUUCAACUCAUCAACACGUCUUCAUGUGAUGGGGUUGGCCGUGAUGUGAUAGCGACUCAGACAAUCCUCACAUCCUCACCUCUUUCUUCCUGUAAGCGGUUGAUCUCAGAUUCUAUGCAGAGCACCCAUCGAUCUCGCUCAAGACGGUUUCUAGCCUUGAAGACAACAGUUCGUCCAGGUACACCAAGUGCAGAGACUCGACGAAGCAUCCUAUUAGUCUUUCCCUCUCUCACUUCGGACGCUCGGAACAGACUCUUUCGCGUGGGAUGCCAGAUGACAAAACAGAUAGAUGUAUCUUCAUCUUGACUCGUCCAACCAUCUUGAGCAAGGUAGAUACGUGGUAAAGCGUGAUGGCCAGGGUAGUUGUUGUCGAAGGUCUGGUUGGUAUGUAGUAGAUCGUUCUCGGUCAGGAGUCCAGAGUAGAUAUAACAAUCUUGUAGGUCCAGUGUGGCUACCCGCUCCUGGUGGAUGUGUGGGAUUUCGACCCCGUUGAAUUUGCGAAGAGUAUCUUGGAAGAUCAAGAGCUGUCCAGAAGUGCAAAUGACCUGGCAGCGGUGGAAGGUUGAACGACGGCGAGGUUUUCGAUAGAGAUACCCGGACAUCUGGAAUAUGUGAGCUUGAAAGUAACAAUGUUAAUGUAGUGCGUCUUUGAGCUUACCUUGACCGGUCGACACUCCGACAAAUGGCACAUAUUGUAUAGAUGUGGUGACGCUUCUGCCCGCCUGACUUCCCAUUUACUAGCAAACUGACCAAAUAGGGAUUCCAUCCUUUCAUCAAUGCCCAGAUUCUCCAGGUUAUGUUGGCGGAUAGUUUUCAGCUCUCUAGCAUCGGCCUUUACUCGGGCUUUCCAGUAUUUGACUAGGCCUGUGAGACGCUUGAUCCAUUCAUUUCGUGUUUCGUAAUUGUAAGCCUUGAAGCGGACAACGAGGCCAUUCCCCAAAACGAGCUCGAACCUGUUUUCUUCUAUAUCACCGCCUGAAAUACGUCGACCUCCGGUGUUUUCAGAUCCAUUGGGAUCCCCAGAGACUCGGACACUGUCCACUUGGCAGAUAUCAAUAAGACCUUCUGCGUGCUGCAAGUUGGCGAUGUUGCGUCCAAACUGAGCGGUUGCUUCUUCGUCGUGCCGUCGCAGAAACUCUGCGUUACCACUAGCGAGCCAUGUGAUAUUUCCGCCUUGGACUGGGUAAGGAAGUAUAUCGUACUGCAAUGGAUUCCGUUCGGCAAUUUCCUCGUAUGACGGUAUAGAGGCAUCUGUAUAAUCAAGAUCCGGAGGAUGAGGAGGUAACGCUUUUGACGGCUUACAGAAGCACAAGAAUCGAUCCUGGCUAAAGUAGUAUUGUCGCUUGGAGAAUUCUCUACCCAGUCUUUGUUGCACACCUUUCUGCGAAGUGAGACGUAUGAGAAAGCCUUCAAUAGGGGCUGGCUCCUCUUCCUCUUCACCGUCUGUCCUUAUUGUCGAGGGAUAAUGAUGUUUCGGCCUGAGCUCUAGAUCAUGAGAAGUUUGCAUUGCAAUAGUCCCAUACAUCUGUGCUUCCUGGGCUCCAUAAAUCCAUUCUAGGCGGUCAAAUCGUUUCCAUGCUAAGCCCAUCUUUGAUGUCUUUGACCACCCCUCAAGCGCCUCGGACCAUUCGUUACGGCUUUUCAGUACAUUAAGGCAGUGAGCAACAAUCGUCCUAGCUAUUAAAGUCCCCCUUUCACCUGAGACUUCGUUACCAAGACGACUCUGUUCAAAAGGGUUCUUGAAGACUAGAGAGACAUUCAAAUCAGGC